AGGAUCAGGGGGAUCGCAAGGACUCAAGAGUGGACGGCUGUGAUCUGGUAAGCAGCUGUAGCCUCUUACCCUUCAAAUAUCUCCGAAGCCCUCACCUAAAGCCCAAGCCCCUCCUCCAUCCCCUUCAAUCCGAUUACGCCAGACGGCCCGAGAAGGAUCCACAAACCCUAGGGUUUCUCAGAAAUUCGCUAGGGUUUUUCGCGCUUCUCCCACUCCCCAAUCUUUCCUGCCAUGGCCUCCUUCGUCGCCAUCCAUCGCGCCGGCAACUCCAUGCUCGCCGUCACCCUAUCCAAGGUCCGCCUCCCCCUCCCGCUCCCCUCCUCCCCUCUCCUCCUCAAAACCUUCAAACUCUCGCCUUUCCCCUCCCGAGCCCUCGCUGCCCGAUGCCUUUCCACCUCCUCCGCCGCCCCUAACUUCCAGCGGCCGGCCCCCUCCGACCCCCGCGCCUUCCCCCACGACCGCAACACUAAUCCUGGCCCUUGGCCCCCUCAGAACCACCAGCGGCCCCCAUUCAACCACCGCCUCCCCGUCGAUAAUCGCCCUCCCAUGGACUACGGCCGAACCCCUGUCAACGGCCCGCCUCCUCCGGCCGCCCCCGCUGCCGCCCCUCCUACUGCCUCAGCCCCUCCUCCAGGUCCCAUCGAUCUCAUGGCCCUCUGUAGAGAGGGGAAGGUCAAGGAGGCCGUCGAGUUCUUUAGCCAGGGCAUCCGCCCCGACCCCCCGACCUUCUUCGCCCUCGUCGCCUCCUGCUCCGAUUCAAAGUUCCUUGAAGAACUCAAGAAGAUCCACGAGUUCUUCAUCCGAUCCCCCUUCCGUGCUGACCUUCAGAUCAAUAACAAGCUGCUGGAGAUGUACGAGAAGUGUGGGAGCAUGAACGAUGCCCGUCGAGUGUUCGACGGAAUGCCUGACCGGAAUAUGGAUUCGUGGCAUCUGAUGAUUGAUGGGUAUGCGUCAAAUAUGCAGGGAGAUGAUGGACUGCAGAUGUUCGAGCAGAUGAGGAGAGUGGGGGUGCACCCUGAUAGCCGGACCUUUCUGGCAGUCUUAGCUGCUUGUGCUAGUGCUGAAGCAGUUGAGGAGGGAUUCAUACAUUUUGAUUCCAUGCAUAAAGAAUACGGUAUUGCCCCUGGGAUCGAGCACUACAUUAGGAUAAUUGAAGUGCUCGGGAAGUCAGGGCACCUCAAUGAGGCAGUAGAGUUCAUUGAGAAGUUGCCGUUUGAGCCACCGGCAGCCAUUUGGGAGUCGUUGAAGAAUUUAGCAUGGGCACAGGGGGAUAUAGAUCUUGAGGACCAGGCUGAGGAGCUUUUGAUUUCUAUAGAUCCAUCCAAGGUGAACCCUGCAAAGAUCCCCACCCCAUCAGCUAAGAGGCGGCCUGGUAUUAACAUGCUUGAUGGAAGGAACAAAUUGGGGGAGUACCGUUUGCCUCCGAAGAUUGAGAAGAAACCAGUGAAGGAGCAAGUCUAUGUGCCAGACACGAGAUAUGUGCUUCAUGAUAUUGAUCAGGAGGCCAAGGAACAAGCUUUGCUUUACCACAGUGAGAGGUUGGCAAUUGCUUAUGGGCUGAUCAGCACACCUGCAAGGACACCGCUUAGGAUCAUUAAGAACCUUAGAAUAUGCGGUGACUGCCACAAUGCAAUUAAGAUUAUGUCAAAGAUUGUUGGGAGGGAACUUAUUGUUAGGGACAACAAGCGGUUCCAUCACUUCAAGGAUGGCAAGUGCUCCUGUGGAGAUUACUGGUGAAGUUGCUGCCUCCAUGAAGAGUAUGGGCAUGGACCACCUUCCUUGGAUUUGCCAACUUAAUGCUUAAAUAGGAUGCCAUGCUUUUGGCAGUGCUAAGGUUUUCUUAUUGAACAGAAAACUGUCGAAGGAGAUGAACCAUUGCAGGGAUUGCCGUUGUUUCUCGCAUGUACUAGAAGAGAAUGGAGAAGGUUAAGGUGGUCAUCAUGCUCUGCCAUCUGCGCCCGUCUCUAAUUGUGGCGCAACAUUCCGACAAUGAAAACAUUGCUGCCUUUUUUUCAAGGGAAUUUGUAGCAUCUAACCUGCAGGGCUGUGCACACGGUUGGAGAGCUCUAGCAAUCCUUCUGAUUUCAGAAGCUCAGACUGCUAAGAGAGAUUUAGCCAUGAACAUCAAUCAUUGGCCCAACUAUUUCCAAAUGGCUACAAGGCUUCUCGUUCGCAAGCCAUAAGUAGUAUUACUGUAACUUAACAAUAUCUUUUUUCUCAUUUAUGCUUACGCUGGAUCUUACAAGGGUCUCAGAUUUUUUGUUGCA